UAUACGUGUGUGCCUUUCUUUUUCUGCAGUUUAGUUAUAAAAGACAGGAGCAGCGUGGAGGCUUCCCAGAGUCACCCAGUCCCUCUGUGCUUCUGUUUCUUCCUUAUGGAGCUGGAAGCUGCAGCUUUUAUUUGAAGUUUUGACGUUUGAACCGCAAAGUGUGGUUUCACACAGCAGGACGCUCCGCGGCCCGAAAACCACUCCCGUGUCUUCUGCGCCCCCUGGUGGUCGAUGGCAGAAACUGCAUCCUGUGGUGGAGCAGAGGUUUUCACUUUCUGUUUCGGAGAAAUGCGACCGAAGACAGAAGUUUGCGUUGAAGUUUCAGGAUAAUCUCCCACGCUCACGCCAACAGACAGCGGCUGUCGAUGGAAAACACGGAACCAACUCGAACCUGCGGAGCAUGCCACAAGGAGGUGGCCGAGGCCAACUUCGCCCUGCAUGAGAGCCACUGCCAGCGAUUUCUAUGCCUCUGUCCUGACUGUGAUGAAGCUGUUCCCAGGGAUCAGCUGAGGCAGCACAGAGAGGAGCAGCACGCCCAGGUGAAAUGCUCCAAGUGCAACAAGAAGAUGGAACGCUGUCACCUCGCGGAUCAUGAGGCCGAGGAGUGUCCGGACCGUCUGGAGAAGUGUCAGUACUGUGAGCUGGAGGUGGCGUGGAAGCAGCUACGGGAGCACUGUGUGGUCUGUGGGAGUCGCACGGAGCUGUGCAGGGACUGCGGCAGCUACGUCAAACUGAGCGACCAGCCACAGCACAGUUUGACCUGCUCGGCCGCCGACGAGGAGGACUCACCUCGACCUGCCAGCAGCGCACCAGGCACAAGUGAUGACGUGCCACAAUCUGCCCAGAGCUCGCUUCAUGUCCAGAAUAUAGCAGAGAACAUAGUGAGCUGCAAAACCUGUAGGACUUCCGUUCUGGCAGAAAGGAUGGACCAGCAUAAGCUGGAGUGUUAUGGCACAUCCCAGUUGGUCUAUAGAGAAGUCGACCCGAUGGAAGACAAGUUGGAGGAUGAAGAUGACUUCUACGAGCAGCAGAACCAAGAUCAGUUGAGCAGUGCUUAUAAGGCUACUUCCCUGUCCUACACGGGGAGACUGGCUCCCUGGGGCAGUGGAGGAGACCCAGACCAGAUCAGCACCUGCCCACACUGUCAUCUGGCUCUCCCCUUCCCAACACUGAAAUGGCAUGAGGCAAAGUGUCGAAUCCAUAUGGUCUUGAAAGGCACAGAUGGUUAAAGUCGGGGGGAAGUCCUUUGAAUGGAUCUGGUGCCUGAAGGAGUGACGAUCAACAUAAAGACCAUCCUGGCUGUUUUAAUGUCACCUAAUUCAGCUUAUAUCUUAGGAUGUGUGUUUACAUUUCGUUUUGUUUUGUUUUGUUUUUAGCGGAAUCGUGUUGCUUGCCAAAGUAAAACAUUCAAUCUGGGGCCUUUGUACAUUUGCUAGAGAAAAUGUUUUUGUUCGUUUCUUUCAGUUUCCUAUGCUACAAAACACAGCCUUCUAUGUCAUUAUAGAUUAGAUACAUGUUGAUGGUGCAUGGAAGAUUACAGACACCUUAUUAUUGAGCUGAAUGACCUUCUGCCAACAAAGCAGACAGCUGAACUGAGCGAGGACACAUGGAAGACGGAAGCUGCAAAGCAGAGCUGUUAGCAGGGCGCCGCUAAGAUCUGGGCUGCAUAAAACAAUUACACCAUUUUCUUCAUGCUUUGUCUCGAGACUAACACUAGCAGGAUGGAUUAUUUACUGCUACAAGUUCAAUCUGUACAUGUAAGGGCAUUGUUUCCAUCUUGCCACAUGUGUCGGGGUGGCUAAAAUGUUGUCUUAUGUGGGACUAAAACAUGAGGAAAUGAAGCACAAUUGUGGAGCAUCAACUCCUGUCUCUACGAUGAGUGUUGCUUCUGUUGAGCCCGUGAUUUGUAUGAUAUGUUUGUAUUGGGAGGAUGAGUGUAACAUUACAAGUGUUCUGCUGCAUCAAA